CCUGAAAAAAAUUUUAGUAAUUUUUGAUGUUCACUGCCUGACUUUUUUUUUUAAUAAUCUGGUUGAAACAUCUGUAAAAUAAAUUUAUUCGUUUAAAAUAAAAGAUUAUUUAAAAAAGACACAAUGCAGGCUAAUUUAUGGAAUUUAGUGGCGACAGUUAAGCCUGGAAGCAUUAAACGUGUCAUAAAUCCAACACUAUCAGUUCUACAGCAGAGAAGAUACGCAAGUACCCUAGAUGCUGAUAUUGUGGUUAUUGGUGCUGGCCCAGGUGGUUAUGUUGCCGCUAUCAAAGCAGCACAGCUAGGAAUGAAAACUGUAUGUGUUGAAAAAAGUCCAACUCUUGGUGGUACUUGUCUUAAUGUAGGAUGCAUUCCAUCAAAAUCACUUUUAAAUAAUUCUCAUUAUUAUCACAUGGCUCAUAGUGGUGAUUUAACUAAUAGAGGAGUUGUUGUUGGUGAUGUAAAACUUAAUCUAGAUAAAUUAUUAGAACAAAAAGAUAAUGUUGUUAAAGCUCUAACUGGUGGUAUCGCCGGUUUGUUUAAAAAAAAUAAAGUUGAAUGGGUAAAGGGCCACGGUAAAAUAACUGGAAAGAAUCAGGUGUCUGCAUUAGGUCCAGAUGGAUCAGUUGCUACUACAAUAAAUACUAAAAAUAUUUUAAUUGCUACUGGUAGCGAGGUAACACCAUUUGGUGGGCUAGAAAUUGAUGAAAAACAAAUAGUAUCAUCAACAGGUGCUUUGUCUUUAAAUCCAGUUCCCAAGAGAUUGAUUGUAAUUGGAGCUGGUGUCAUUGGUUUGGAGUUAGGAUCCGUAUGGCAAAGAUUGGGAUCUGAAGUAACAGCCGUUGAAUUUAUGCCAACGAUCGGAGGUGCUGGCAUUGAUGGAGAAGUCAGUAAAACAAUGCAAAAAAUAUUCACCAAACAAGGUUUGAAUUUUAAACUCAGUACUAAAGUUACUGGGGCUGAAAAAACUGGAUCAGAAAUAAAAGUUUCAAUUGAGGAUGCUAAAGAUCCCAGUAAAAAAGAAACAUUGGGUUGUGAUGUACUUUUAGUUUGUGUUGGUAGAAGGCCCUAUACUCAAAAUUUGGGAUUGGAAGAUAUGGGUAUCGAAAGAGAUGAAAAAGGUAGAGUUCCUGUAAAUAAUCGAUUCCAAACUGUUGUACCUAAUAUUUAUGCUAUUGGUGAUUGUAUCCACGGACCAAUGUUGGCGCAUAAAGCUGAAGAUGAAGGAAUUAUCACUGUUGAGGGUAUAGCUGGAGGCGCUGUACAUAUUGAUUACAACUGCGUCCCAAGUGUCGUUUACACACACCCGGAAGUAGCUUGGGUUGGAAAAACUGAAGAAGAUUUGAAGAAAGAAAGUAUCGAUUUUAAAAUCGGUAAAUUCCCAUUCAUGGCAAACUCAAGAGCUAAAACAAACCUUGAGACUGAUGGUUUCGUGAAAGUAUUAGCUUGUCAGAAGACAGACAAAAUUUUAGGAGUACAUAUGGUUGGUCCAGGUGCUGGAGAGCUUAUCAAUGAAGCUGUUCUUGCUAUGGAAUACGGAGCUAGUGCUGAAGAUGUUGCACGAGUAUGCCACGCACAUCCAACAUGUGCGGAAGCUUUGAGAGAAGCUCAUUUAGCUGCUUACUUUGGCAAGCCCAUAAACUUUUAAAUAAUUCAUUAUCUACAUCUGCUUUUGAUGCAGCGAUCAGCAAGUUUAUCUAGCUUGUAUCUAGUAAACCAAACAACUUAAAAAAAAAAUAAAAAUUUUAUUAAUAAAGAAAACAUUUAGAUGCAGUACUUGAUCCAACAGUCAUUGCACCAUAUUUAUUAAAUAUUAUUUGAGGAUUGUAAAUAUCAAACCAAUUAAAUACGUCACAUCGUAUAAAUAUGUACGAUAAUUGUAAUUAUUUUAAAAGUAAUAAUAAAUUUAAUAAAAAUAAUUUAAA